AAUCUAGGAUAACUCGGGAAGCGAAGAGAUGUUGUAGUCAGUAGAGUCGGAAAGAGAUGGGAGGAGAAGCCAUGCAUAUCGACCUUCCCACCAUUCAGUUCAAAACUUCUUCCUCUAACGUUCCUCCUCUUCCUCCUUCCUCCAAUUUAAACCUUCCAGUUUCAGCCACUUAUACUGGGUCGCUUAGAACAUCUUGUUCUGCUCCCAGCUGCUCCUGCCAUGGUGGGAAUUCUGGGCGGCUACAGACCGUAGAUGGGAGAGAAGAAAAAGGAGCGAUUGGGUCUGUCUGUAAUCAUGUUUUUGCACAUGUUCCAUCGCAAUCGGAGGUUGAAAAUGCCGUUGAUGCUCUUCGGAAUUUUAUGCUUGGGAAUUCCUCAUCUGGGUCCCAGUUGAAAUGGCUUCAGAAGAAGCUGGAUUGUUUUGAUGCGAGACUAUUGCUGUCUCAUGGAUACAGAAGAGUUGCUAAUGCUUUUCGCUUGCUGCAAAUAGAUCCUUCUGUCAAGGGACUAGUGGUUUCAAUAGCAUCUGAUAAAUCUGUAUGGGAUGCGAUUAUGAAGAAUGAGGAGGUUCAAAAACUUCGAGAAUCACACUACACAGUUAAUUAUGAAAGGCCUCGGGGCGUUAAUGAAGAACCAGACUUGGCUACAACCUUGCAGAGGUGGAUUUUGGAUGUCACAAAAGCAAUAGUUAUGGAGCUCAUUGAGAAGCUUGUGUCACUAGUGGAUGAGCUGUUUCAACUUCCUGGAAGGAUUCAACCCACAAGAGGUAACAAUGAGCAGAUGGAGGAAAAAGUUAGAUCGUCAUUCCUUCUCUCUGUUGUGAUCCUCUUGAUUGUGAUUGUGGCUCGAGCCCAGAAUGCUUGAUCAUCAAGAGAAAGAAUGUGGGAUUAAUCUACGUUACAUACUGUACAUUUGAUCAACAUAAAAGAACUACCUUUAAAGUAAUUAAUUUUCCUCCUUUUAUGUACGGUACAUGAAUUGGAAAACCUUGUUGUUGUUUGUCUAA